AUGAGUCAAAGGCCUAGUGCGAAUGUGGAGAGCGGAUCAUCCUUACCCGCACGCAACGGCAGCGUUUUCACUGAUUAUUCCUUUAGAUUGUCUAAACUUUACACCGUGCUUGACAAAUCCAAAUCCUCAUCUGUUUGUUCGAAAGCAAAGACGUCUCCUCAACAUGUGGAGAAACAGCGACCGUCUCAUGGCACGGCGGCAUCAAGAUUCAAUACUCUGGCCCCCAUCCCAUGGAAAGUGCAAUCUAGUGGAAAUAAACGUCAUGAAGCAACCAAAGGUGGAGAGAGGUGUGCCUUGACUAGGGAUAGAAGUCGGAAUGAAAGCGAAAGUUCUAAGGUGGUCGCAAUCAACCUUCUUCGGAAUCCGAAUCUGGUUCAACCCGAGAUUCUGCCCAUGUUUGUAGGGUCUGUUGGUAAAAACGCAGAAACAGCAACAGUAGUGGGUGCCGAGGUUGUCACGUCACCUGAGAAGUGCCCUUCGUACCCCAAGUUGCAGUCCGCUGACAAGUACCCCCAAGUGGCCGUGGGCCUUCACAUCUGCAAGCCGAAAACAGACCUGUAUUCUCUCUUUUCACCGGCUAUGGGGGCCGAAGUUGAUGUGAACAUGGACGGUAGCAACAUAUUUUCUAAAUCCGACGCGCUGACACAAUACUCUUUAGCAUCUGGGACAUUGCCACGGUUGCGUACUGACGGUAGCGGCCAGGGCCCUUCAGUGAGUUCUGAUUCACCCGCAUAUGAACGACUCUACGACCUCUGGAAUAAACGCCUGGCAAUGCGUAAGUUGUUCACUUUUCGCAAUGAGCUAGAAUCUUUUAUUUACGACAAUCUGGGAAAUCUGGCGAAUAGCAUUGUUUCUCAAGAGGAGUACACCUGGAAACAGUGCGAUCUCGAGAAACAGGGGACAGUUGUCUUCACAAGAAACGUAUUUAUCAAUCCUAAGCUAUUGAAUCUGGCGGCAGAUGAUAUGACCUCGCUGACGGGUAUUGUAUAUAGCAGCGGUAGUGGCGCUCCGGGCAUGCACAGCCUGAAGAUAUCUCAGGAUGAUAUAUCACAAAACUCAGGGCAGCAUAGUAAUCUAAUUCCGGCGCAUAAAAUGGAAAGUUUUUUUCUAAGCUUACUCACCCAGCUCCAUGAGAAAACGGUGACGCUGUUACAAACUUACCCAAUGCGUUUUUACACCUACACGGUAGGAAAAAAUGCGGAAGAGAAGGACGACUCAGACGGGGCCACUAGUUUCAACAGUUUGGGAAAAGGAGCUUGCAAUCUUCCUUGUAGGAAAGACGAAGGGAAUUUAAUGACGCAAGAAAAGUUGUACCUUCUUCACAAUGAGAAGGAAUACAUUAACCAACUGCUCCAAAUGGAACAGCACUUUGUGAAGAACGCUGUUUUGAAUGGCACCAUCACUCCUGCCGUAGUAUCACUACCAGAGGAGAUAAUUAUCAAACCUCUGAUGGUCCUUGAGACGGCAACAAGUGUAGCACUGAUAUGGCAAGCGUUGCGGCAGUGCGCGGCGAGCGUACCUGACGUAGGGUUCGCAAUGGAACUCUUCCAUAACUAUCUGUUACCGCACGUUUACGUUAACUUUGCCUUGUAUUCCUCCGUGUUACCGUCGAAUGGGACAUUAAGCGAACAAAUUGUGAGGCUUUCAGAGAUCCCACUACGCUCGAGCAUGCGUUUGCUGUCUGAGGACGCAACACAGCAGUGUCGUAAGGACACACAGUACAUGGAAUCGGUGCUGCAGCAUUGGGCUCUGCGUUCGUGGCGGCGGUGGAUAAUAGGUUAUCGCCGGCGCCUCACCUCGCUCGAACUGGUGAGCAAAAUGCUGCUGCGGGUUAGGUGGAGGCUGCGCUUGCAAAAAGUUAUGGGUGCAUGGAGGUUGACAACUAUUCAAGGAAAACAGGAAUCGUACUUCGACCGUAUCAGGAAGAAAUACAACUCCAUCGUGAACAGCUCGUGUGCUUCAGUGGAAUCCAAAUUUUUUCAGGGUAGCUCUAUUAUGACACCGUCAACGGUGAGCCUCCAAAAAGAAAAGAACAGUAUCAAGAGUGAGAGUAAUACGGCUCUCACUCGUUCAAGAUUCCUUGCGAUCAAGUUGACUGAAAAAACUCAGCAGGCGAAGAAAACGUCAUCAAAUGCUGCUACCCCCUCGAUUGAGGAGGUAACAUCCAGAGCUCCGCGCAGGAUUGAGCACCUAAAGACCAAAGCUCAACGGAAACCAGUGGAUCAAGAAAGUAACGCUUCGUCCUCUGCUUACCAAACAACCGUCGAGAGCCUUCUUGAUAAACCUGUGGCAAGUGAAAAUUCAACCAAAGGCAAAAGCGAGGAGCGUGAUACGCCCGCAUCCAGGGAAGCCUUCGAUAACUCAUCCGCAGUAUCCACCGCCACAGCCUCGCCAAUACACUCCGAAGUGCAACCCUCUUUGUUCAUAAGCCCAAGCUGUGAGCAGGAUGCUUUGCCCCAAGACUCCAUCAUUGAAAUGAUAAUGGAUAUGCAACAAAAGGAAAGCGAAAUGUGCAUGCACCUACGUAGCGAAAUCGCAAUCCAGCGCAGGCGAAUUCAGAUGUUGGAACGCGAGCGAAAUGGUUUACGGGAGCGUAACCGGACGCUUGAGAGCGAUCUCGUACGCACGGUUGAAGAGAAACUGUACUACUGCAACCUUUUCCAGAAGAAGCAAUUUCAACUCAUGGAUAAGGAUAAGCAAAUUAUUCAGCUCAGGUCACGCCUCCGAGCGCAUCGUACCCGCCCAUGGCAACGUGUUACCAUGAGAAUUGCCGGUGAGCUAUGCGGAGCCUCUACACAAGUUUCAGAGGCUGCUGAUGAACGACAUGUGCACUCCGAUCUAAAGAAGACCGAUGAAGUUAGAGAUCCUGAGGGCAAGGAAAAGGCUUCUAAAGCGCACAGCGAAGAGCCUGAUAAGAGCUUAGGUGACAAAUUCCAAAGAGAAAGUGAUUCUCAAAAGGAAGAUGACAAUUCCUCGUUUCACUCUAGUGAAGGGAGAUCUAACCUCAUCAACGCACAGGCAACUCGAGAGGCGGAAGAGGAGCGCUUGUUUGGCGAGCUCGCUCCUAUUGUGCUAUCCUCCACGAGGGAGCUGCCGAGCGCCAUGACGAUUCUUCAGGACUGGGCAAAUAGCUGCCUUGACGACCUUGAGUCGUUAGAUGAUCUUAAAGGUGGCGCCCUUUCCUUGCGCUUCCGAAGCUUCUCUGAAGAGAUGCGAAGCGGAGUUUUACUUAGUCGACUCUUGUUCUAUCUAGCUCUACCACGCUACCUGCAGCGCAAUGCAAACAACGAUGAACGCUCCAAUGAGGCAAUCCACGCGGGGGCUUCGGCGGUUAUGGAUACCAAAGAUGGGAAGGACGAUAAAAGUAAAUACAUCGAUUCGCUCUAUGCAGAGGUAUUUGUGCGCCGCCGACAGCAGCUCCUGGAGCAACGCAACGUCCAGCUUGAUGCCCCUUUCCCAGUAUACUCUGAGUGCUUUGGGGAUUUGUUAAAUAUGGUGCCUACGGAUCGAAUGGCGAUGUUACUGCACUUCGCUUCUCAGAUUCUCAAUGAUUCGACCUCUGUCAUGAGUGACGUAGUAGCGCUGAAGCGACAGCAAGUGCUGAACAUCGUGAGUUCUACAACAGGGUUUUCGCUUCCCCCCAGUGUUCCCACGAUAGAUUUGCAUGAGGUGGUGGAUCCACAUGCCUUGGUGAUGGGCGAGCGUAGUUCAACCGUCACCCUCAUCGCUAUCCUGUACGUGCGCUUUUCCCAUCCGUUUAACCACAAGGCUCGGCAAAGCGCUAUAGUUGAAAGGGAAGCGAUUUUAUACUUGCUGAAUCCCAGAAGCUACACCGGCUCCACCACAUCCCGUCAUUUACAAUCUCCGAGAAGCGAGACGGAGGAAAAGAAUUCUCUGGAGCAGGACAGCAGACUACCGGAACGUCAACGAUCUCAGCAUGCGCUAUGGAUCGAAGAUGAGAUUCUGGAUCGCCUGAUAGACGAAGAUAAAAGCCCAUGGCAACUUUUCAAGGAACGCUGUGUGCCUAUUUUCGGGUCCUCCGCUCACCCGUUUCUGCUUCGUGGGAACUUCUGGCCGAGCGAGGCCUUUGAGUCGCCACAGCUUGCGAAUCUUCUGGGUGAGCUAGGGAUGGCGUUGAAUCGCUCCUUACAGAUUCACCGUUGGCAUAUCCUAUUCUCCUGUCUAAUUCCGGUCACGAACUAUUCAAGGGUGAGCCGUGGCGUGUUCACGGGGCCGCGAGCGUCCCCAGUGGCGCUGCGAGUUGGGAUGGAGCAAGAGGGGGUGCCACUUUUGCCAUCGUUGAACUCUAAUGGGCUUGAACGUCUUUAUGCGAAACGAAAGCACUGUGUGAUGGCCAUUUGCUCCCCAGGGGUUGAUUCUAAAUGCGUGUCUCCUAUUAAGGGCUUGAUGCCUUCUUCAAGUGACUGGAAGAGUACGUAUGUGGCAUGCGAAAAACAGAAGCUUAAGGAAGUGUUGGGCGUCGCCACAAACGACAUUAUUAACCUCUUUCUAUGGAAUGCAUCCUUACAGCCGGAGAUGGCUCUUCCAGCGAUGGAUUUGUCGGAGUGGCGCUCCUUUUGUGUUGACCUCGGAAUCGUAAAGCUGCAGCAGGAACGAGGAAAAUCGGAGGACUCCAGGAAUUCCAAUAGACACACAAAAUUAGUUAAGUCACUGGAACUCAAUUUUGUUUCAGAGAUUUUUUACAAAGCCGGCCACUUUCAUGCCGAUAGGAACCUCAGUUCAUUCACUUCAAGUAAGAAACAUGAUCAGCACCAAGCAGGAGCAUUUUGUUCGAUAAGUGAACUUUCGGCAAGUUUCGACAAGUUCUCUGAUGUGUUAGGCAAGGAGCGUUUAGACAACAAUAAUGAAAAAAAUUUCAUGCAGAGUUGUGAACUCAACAUUUUUGACUGCGCCUCAAGCAUAGGAGUUGAUGACUCCAAGAAGCGGACCGAUCUGAGCAACAAAAUGGUAUCUUCGCAUCUCCACUCUACCCUACUCUCAGAAUAUUUAAUGUUCCCGGGGUUUGUAACAGCCUUGAUACUCCUUGUGGAUGCGCUCUACGAUCCCUUGCCGCCCGAAAUCGCCCCUGCUAGUUUAGCCGCUGAUAAAAGCAAAAGAAGAGAUGAUGAUGUGAAUGGGGAAGAAGCUUCAUAUUCGCCUCCGAUAGUUUGGUUAGGCGAUGCCAUUACGCAAUUUUUGAACGACUAUGCAUUGCGAGAGGACAGUGUUCGUUUUGAGAAGACUCCUCACGCAUUCCUGAAGCGCAUCCAAAUGGGUAUCCAAACUCAAGAAGUUCUCACCAAGUACAGCUCAGCCCUGCUGCUUGUUUACCAAAACUACAGCAAGGUGGUAUACGGUGUGAUCUGCAUGCAGGAGGAGAGCCUCCUGCAGCUUAUGAGGGACGCCAUGCUCACGAGCACGGAGACAACGCAAUAUUUGAUAUCUGAAAUUUUUCAGAAGUGCAGCACGGUGUGUAAAUCGGUUGAGGAAAACGCGAUUGCGGUCUGUAGAGAUAUCAACGGCAAACCUCGUGAAAAGGGCAACAACAAAUUAGAAUUUCGCAUUCCGUCGAGCCGAAUCGGUGCGUCAUCGAACCCCCAUGCAGGGGCUACAGAUUUACUUUCACCUAAUUCUGUCGGCAGUUUUGCCAUCAGCAACAGUAAGUUCAAACGUCAUGAAGUGCAAGUUUUAACAUUAGACGGGUUUAAUCAGUUUCUCUGUGUGUUGUGCCACUUCAAGCAACCUAACCCCCUUACUCCAUUACACCAACGACUGGAAAUCUUUUUGCGCCGCUCGGUGCUACGACCACUGAGCAGGAAAAUUGAAAAUCUAUCCAUGCUCUUGAAAAGGCAGGAUAGCUAA